UACACAACUGCGCCGCGGCCCUUGCGACCCUAGCCCCAAAAAGGCAUUCUGGGGGUAGCUUUGGGAGAAUGGCGGGGCGGGUGCAAGGGAUCACACCGCUCUCAGGCCCCUCCUCCAGCCGGUCCGGUAACCUGUCCCGGGCGGACAAGGGCCGGGCUUCGCGCAAGCCGUGGGUGGCUGAGGGGCGCGGGUCUUGUUGGGGGAGAGCCCCGCGCGGGGAUGGAUGGCGCAGAAGCGAGCAGAGCCGGGAACCCGGCCGGGCGGAGGGCCGAAGUCGGGGUUCCGAGGGAUCCGGGCCGGAGCCGGGCAGCGCGGGGCCUGGCGGCGGGCCGGAGGCCGAGAUGGGGGCGCGUGGGGUCGGCGGAGGCUCCCGGAGGGCGGCUCUGUCAGGCGGAGAGCACAGGGGCUCGCGGCCGGGCGCGGCGCCGGGGGACCGCGGCUGGGCGGGCGCUGGUGGCGGGACCCCCCCCUCCCGCCCCCAGCUCCCGGCGCCGGGACGAGCUACCGGGGGAGGGUCGCCCCAUCCCUCCCGGAAGCGGCCGCCGCUCCAGGCGCACCGCGGCGCGCGGGGCGGGGCGGGCGGCUGCGGCACUGGGGCGGCUGGGGCGGGCCCGCCGCGCUGUAAUCGGAUCCGGGGAGGGGGCGGGGAGGGGCCGGGCCGGGCGGGCCGGGGGGUGGUGGGGGGGGGCGCGGAGCCGGGCUCCGGGCCGGCCGGGCUCCGCGCCUGUCAAACCCCUCAUUGUUCGCAGCUGAUGUCACUCGCAGUUGUGAGCGGCCGCCUCUCCCGGGGACAAUGUGGGACUGAGCGGCCCAGCCGCCGCGCCGCCGCUGCCGCCGCCGCCGCCGCCGCAGGACAGCCCCAGCGAGAGCAGAGCCGCCAGGCACCGUGGACGCACUCCUAGGCCGCUGUGGCCCCAGCCCCGCUUGACAGGAUGAGCAGCUCAGAUGCGGGGCUGGAGGAGGAGCCAGAGCUCAGCAUCACCCUCACCCUGCGGAUGCUGAUGCACGGGAAGGAGGUCGGCAGCAUAAUCGGGAAGAAAGGAGAGACUGUAAAGCGAAUUCGGGAGCAGAGCAGCGCCCGGAUCACCAUCUCUGAGGGCUCCUGCCCCGAGCGUAUCACCACCAUCACAGGGUCUACAGCGGCUGUCUUCCAUGCAGUCUCCAUGAUCGCCUUCAAGCUGGAUGAGGACCUUUGUGCCGCUCCUGCAAAUGGUGGGAAUGUCUCCAGGCCUCCGGUGACCCUGCGCCUCGUCAUUCCUGCAAGCCAAUGUGGCUCACUGAUUGGCAAGGCUGGCACCAAGAUCAAGGAGAUCCGAGAAACCACGGGGGCCCAGGUACAGGUGGCAGGAGACCUGCUCCCCAACUCUACAGAGCGUGCUGUCACCGUGUCCGGGGUGCCUGAUGCCAUCAUCCUGUGUGUGCGCCAGAUCUGCGCUGUUAUCCUGGAGUCCCCACCCAAAGGAGCUACUAUCCCAUAUCAUCCGAGCCUGUCCUUAGGUACCGUCCUUCUCUCUGCCAACCAGGGCUUUUCCGUCCAGGGUCAGUAUGGAGCUGUUACCCCCGCUGAGGUCACCAAGCUCCAGCAGCUUUCAGGCCAUGCAGUCCCCUUUGCCUCCCCCAGCAUGGUGCCAGGACUGGAUCCCGGCACACAGACCAGUUCACAGGAGUUCUUGGUUCCCAAUGACCUGAUUGGCUGCGUGAUCGGGCGCCAGGGCAGCAAGAUCAGUGAGAUCCGACAGAUGUCAGGGGCACAUAUCAAGAUCGGGAACCAAGCGGAAGGUGCUGGCGAGAGGCACGUGACCAUCACUGGUUCCCCUGUCUCCAUCGCCCUGGCCCAGUACCUCAUCACUGCCUGGGCCGCCGCCGGGCUUGGCGGCCUACACUGCCAAGAUGGCAGCAGCCAAUGGGAGCAAGAAAGCUGAGCGGCAGAAAUUCUCCCCCUACUGAGGCCGACUGAGGCGCAGGGGCAGGCAGGACCACCGGUAGGGGGCUGCCUCUGCACCCUCCCUGCCCAAGGAGACUCCACCCUGGGGUCCCAAAUGCCACUAAUGCCCAGACGCAUGGAUGCACCCCUCCACCCAGCCCGGGUCUGUGGGAGUUCCUCCUCUUGGAGUGAGAGCAGUUUCUGGCCCAAGGUCCGGGAGCCGCAGCCGCCCCAGGGUAUGGGGCUCCACCCCCUGUAGCUCUAUGCUUGGACGCAGGGAGCAUCCUUAGUGCCCCCACUUCAGAGGGUCACUCAUGCACUCCCCAUCCCUUAGGGUUUCCCAGCCUACUGGCCCCGCUGUGGGGAUCAGGGAGGAGGGCCGGGGGUGGGGGUGGCUGGGGGCCAUGCUUCUCUCCCCACCUCCCUGCAGAUUCCUGCUGCUUCCACUGAUACCCUUUUGACUGGAAUGGACUGGCUGGGCUUGGCAGAGGGCAACCCAAAGAGGGGACCCUGCCAGGCAGCUGGGGGAGUGGCAUGGAGGCAGGGGCCGAAUUCUCAGCAGCAGACACUCUGUACAGUUUUUUCAAUCCCUGUUUUUGAAUAAAUAUUCUCAGAGACCAGGAA